UCACUUUCUCUGCUCCCGAUCAGAAUGAUUGAAGACUGCCGGCGCAGGGCUGACAACAUGGCAGACAGAAGGCAACUGUACGUCGAGAUGAGGGCCCAGGAUUUGGAUUCCAUACGGUUGUCAACAUACAGGACCGCCUGCAAACUUCGAUUCGUGCAGAAGAAAUGCAACCUGCACUUGGUCGAUAUUUGGAACGUCAUCGAGGCCUUCCGCGAGAACGGCCUGAACACCGUGGACGUCAACGCCGAGCUCGCUGUGGCCCGUCUAGAAGUGGUGCUGUCCACCAUCUUCUACCAGCUGAGCAAGCGCAUGCCCACCACCCACCAGAUCAACGUGGAGCAGUCCAUCGGCCUGCUGCUCAACUUCCUGCUGGCGGCCUACGACCCGGAGGGUCAUGGCAAGAUGUCUGUUUUUGUUGUGAAGAUUGCCCUUUCGACCAUCUGCGGAGGGAAAAUCAUGGAUAAAUUGAGAUAUAUCUUUUCCCAGAUAUCAGAUUCUGCUGGAGUAAUGGCGCAUUCGCAGUUCGACCAGUUUCUGCGGGAGGUUCUCAAACUACCCAUGGCAGUUUUCGAGGGGCCUUCCUUUGGCUACACCGAACAAGCCGCACGGGGGUGCUUCGCGCAGCAGAAAAAGGUCUCCCUCAACACGUUCCUCGACACCUUGAUGUCAGACCCGCCUCCUCAGUGCUUGGUGUGGUUGCCGCUCAUGCAUCGGCUCGCCAACGUGGAGAACGUCUUUCACCCGGUCGAGUGCUCCUACUGCCACACUGAGAGUAUGAUGGGCUUCCGCUACCGCUGCCAGCAAUGUCAUAAUUACCAGCUCUGUCAGGACUGCUUCUGGAGGGGGCAUGCCAGCGGUCCCCAUAGCAACCAGCACCAAAUGAAGGAGUAUACGUCAUGGAAAUCCCCCGCUAAGAAGUUAUCCCACGUCCUCAGUAAGUCACUGAGCUGUGCAUCCAGCGGAGAGGCCCUCCACCCCAUGUAUCCUGAAAUGCCAGAUAAACCUCUCAACCUAGCUCAURUUGUAGACACUUGGCCACCAAGACCAGUGAACAUCACCAAUGACUACUCCUUCUCUCACUCCAUGCCUACAUCAGGGAACCCUUACUCCACCAAAAACUUGAAUAAUGAUGUUGGGAGAAAAAUGCCCCUCGUUGGGGCUGCUCCACACCUGCUGAAAGGGAAGGGGCUGAAGUACAACCUGGAUGUUGCCGAUAGACUCCCCGAUGAACACGUUCUCAUUGGCGCCUACGUGAAUCUGCUCCAAAACAGCCCCCACACAUGUUUGCUGGAAAGCAGUAACCAUCAAGAUGAGGAGCACAGUCUCAUUGCCCGCUAUGCUGCUAGGCUGGCUGCUGAUGCUGUGGCUCAACAGCAGAGGGUCCCCACAGACCUCCCCUACUCUCUGGAUGCCAACAAACAGCAGAGGCAGCUCAUCGCGGAGCUGGAGAGCAAGAACAGAGAAAUCCUGCAGGAGAUCCAGCGGCUGCGGCUCCAGCAUGAGGAGGCUUCCCAGCCUCCACCCAAUAAGGGCCAGCAAAACCCCACCCUGCUCGCUGAGCUAAGACAUCUCAGGCAACGCAAAGAUGAGCUUGAACAAAGAAUGUCUACUCUGCAGGAGAGUCGCAGGGAACUCAUGGUGCAGCUGGAGCAGCUAAUGAUGCUUCUCAAGCUGGAGGAAGAACGGAAACAAGCUACUCAGGGUCCCGGCUCUCUGCGCUCCUCUCCCAGCCACACCAUCAACCGGCCGAUCCCCACGCCGAUCCACUCGGACUCUGCCGGCACCACUCCCACUCACACACCUCAGGACUCUCUGAUGGGCGUGGGAGGGGACGUUCAGGAGGCCUUCGCUCAGGGUCCAAGGAGAAAUUUAAGAAACGAUCUACUCAUAGCUGCUGACUCCAUCACCAAUACAAUGUCGUCACUAGUGAAAGAGCUCAAUUCAGAGGGUGGCAGCGAGACCGAGAGCCUCUUGGAUUCAGACUUCGGACGCUGUGACUUGAUGGCUUCGACGUCUCCAAGUUUUUUCCUCACCAGCAGGCCUGCCGGCGCUGCRGAGGACCAAGGUUUCGAGAACAAUCUGGAGCAGCAGCUGGAGGAAGAGCUCAAGUUGGAGGAGCUGGUUCAGCACAGACAAGAAACGGACAAAACCUGCAUGGUGACUCUGCAGCAGUGACUGUGACAGUCCAGGUGACUGGUGAGCAAUAUGGAAGCAACAGGAAGUAGGAGACACUGGAAGAAAACAACACUGAGCUGAAAUUUAAAAAAAAAAACAGCACUGAAGAUGUGGAGAUGUGGAGAGCUGAAGCUUCGGCGAAUCCAACCAUAGAAAAUGUUUAUGUAAAGAUCUAUUUUUUAACCAAGCACAUAUUUAAGGUAAAACUGUGAGCUGGUGUAAAGAGAUUAAUUACUGAGCUGUCUAUUAUACCACAGGUGCCAUAAAAACACAUUAUUUGGGUGAAUCAUUUCUUAUUUUUAACCUUUUUUUCUUUGUAUGAGUUGCCAACAGAAACGACGCUGUAAAUGCAGAGCAGGCACUGAGAUCCUGUUUUUGAACACGCUGAACCAAAUGUAAAUGUUAAGUUAAACUGAUUUAUGACUCUUGGUAAAUAAUUUUGCAUUUGAGCUGAAGUUAUGAAAUUAUAAAACCUGAAAUGUUAGUAGUUYUUUUUAGUCUGGUGUUUUACUCUGAGGCACAGGAACAAAUUCAGUUUUAUUCUAUAGAUGUUUCUUGCUGUUGCUACUAAAUUGCUUUUGUAUUGUUU